AUGGAUGAACUUAAACAUCAAGUCAUGAUAAACCAGUUCGUCCUGACGGCGGGUUGUGCGGCAGACCAAGCGAAGCAGUUAUUGCAAGCGGCACAUUGGCAGUUCGAGAUGUGCACCCCCGCCAACACACCGGCGACGCCCCCCAACUUCCCAGACGCGUUGACCAUGUUCUCCCGGCUGAAGGCGUCCGAGAGCUUCAACAGCAGCGGCGGCAGCCCCAUGGCGGCCUCCAUGGCCACCUCACCGCCCCCCCCUCACGUUGGUGGCUGGGGGGUCUCACCAAAUGUACCUAAUGUACCUAAUGUGCCGCAACCUCCACAAGGACUCUGGACUCAGGGGCAGCCCCCCAUGCAGCCCUGCCCCACCUGGCCCAUGGGUGUCAACCCACACACGGGCACUGAGCAGAAGGCUAGCGUAGCGCUGGAGGCAGAGAGAUGA